UGCUGCUUGUCGUCGGAGUGUGUCAGCAUGUGUUUCGAGAGCUCAUCAUCGCCUGUUUCAUCCGGAAUUAAAGCCGUUCUUCUGUGACUACCAGCAGAAGCGCCGGUGAAUCCAACAUUAACAUCAUCUCCAACUCAUCUUGUAAAGCUAAGUACAUUUCUUUGCUACUAUGGCCCCAGCAGGAGCAUUAUAUCCAUGUUCCGAGUGUAAUAUGUUCAGUUAUUCCUUCUCCGUGUUUAGUGAUAACUUUACAUGUGAUAAGUGUAGAUUAGUUGUUAGUCUGACGGAGAAGAUCUCAGUGUUAGAAGGGCGCAUUCGGGCGUUAGAACAGACUACUACUAGUGAGGGCUUAGAUUCAGCUGUAGCAGUCCCGAAUGCCAGCAGUUCAGGUGUAGAACCCCAGACUCCGGCAUUAGAGCCCUCACAGCGGGGCGACUGGGUGACGUCUCGGCGACAUAGUCGUAGGGAAAAGCACCGACCAUCUCAGUUGCACGUGUCCAACAGGUUUUCCCCACUCAGUGAGCCACCCGCUGAGAAGCCUGUUAAUGUAAGUGCUCUGGUUAUAGGAGAUUCUCAGCUCCGACACGUGCGUAUUGCAACCCCCAUAGAGACACCAGCAACCAUAGUCACCUGUAUUCCGGGGGCCAGGGCGCCUGACAUCAGAGCAAAUCUAAAAGUGCUGGCUAAUGCUAAUCGUAGAUUUUCGAAGAUUGUUAUCCACGUCGGCACUAAUGAUGUUCGUUUACGGCAGUCUGAGGUUACUAAGAGUAAUGUUAAAGAGGUGUGUGAGUUAGCUAGGUCGAUGUCUGAGGCAGUAGUGUGCUCUGGCCCCUUACCGAUUCGACCCAGUGGCGAAACCUACAGCAGGUUGUUGUCGCUGAACCGCUGGAUGUCUAAAUGGUGCUCAGAAAACUGCAUUGAUUUUGUAGAUAACUGGUCCACCUUUGAGGGAAGGCCUGGUCUUUUGAAGCGGGAUGGUGUCCACCCCACGUGGGAGGGUGCUGCUCGCAUUUCUUGCAGCAUAGGUGACAGGCUUUACCACCGCGUUAGUGUAGCGGCAGAUAGUGUUAAAUGACUAUCCAGAGCCAAGACCAGGCAGCAGACUAACAG